UCUCUCUCUCUCUCUCUCAAUGAAAUCAAAAACCCACAGCCUGGAUACCAGACUGAUUCAACUCGUCGUCGUCAAAUCGCUCGUCUAGGACUUCGCAUUCACUCACUUCUCGAAUCCGAAAAUAUAUGGCUCAAGUUGAGGAGCGAUGGGAGCGGUUAGUCCGCGCAGUAUUGAGGAGGGAAAGGAUGGGGCCUGAUGCAUACGAGCAGCAUGGGACUGGCAUUGCCGGAAAUGUUCCAUCUUCACUUGAAAAUAAUAGGGAUAUUGAUGAAAUUCUCAGAGUUGCAGAUGAAAUCCAAGAUGAAGAUCCCAAUAUCUCUAGAAUCCAAUGUGAGCAUGGUUAUUCGCUGGCUCAAAAUCUAGACCCCAAUAGUGAAGGAAGGGGAGUUUUACACUUCGAGACCGGAUUGAUGUCUGUCAUUAAGGUGUAUUGGGCUGCAACUGGACCUAUAUUUACAAUCUUGGGUUGGUGAUACAAUCGGGUAGCGAGGAGCCCACCACUUACAAAUUGACGAGAGAGGGGAGGGUUAUAACUAGAAUUUGAGUGCACCUAAAUUGGGGCCAUUUUAGUCCCUUGUCACGGGAGAUGGGCUAAACUCUAUCUAAUUUUUGAGGUCAUAAACUUUUAUGGACCUGUUU